AUGCCCAGGUCUACAGGAGACGUGGAAUCAACUACUCCUGAUCCUGAUUUUGACACUACUCUACAGCAAUAUCUUGAUCAACGAAAGAAAGGGAAACAAGGGUCAAAGAUUAAAAUGGGUGAUCUUCCUAUUAAAUCUUUGAAGAAUUAUUCGCAGCCCUCUCCGAGUGGUGUGCCUACUGGCAUUGCUAUGCCAAAUAUUCAAGCAGCAAACUUUGAGAUCAAACCGGCGUUGCUCACUAUGAUCCUACAGAAUCAGUUUGCUGGUCUUCCAACUGAAGAUCCUACGCUUCACUUGCAAAGGUUUCAACAGCUCUGCUCUACCAUCAAGUUUCAGGGAGUCACUGCAGAUCAAGUGAAAGUUAUGUUGUUCGGGUUUUCUCUUCGUGAUGAAGCUCAGAAGUGGUUGAAUGAUAUUAAUGUGACCGAGUGGGAUGCAAUUGCUCAAGCCUUUCUCACUGAGUAUUUCCCUCCCAACAAAACUAAUGAUUUGGUUGACAAGUUGACCACUUUCAAACAAGAAUAUGAUGAAACUCUUAAGGAUGCAUGGGACAGAUUCAAAGAUAUUCAACGCUCGUGUCCUCAUCAUGGUCUUGAGAAGCGGUUUCUUCUCAAGCGUUUCUAUUAUGGUCUUGACUCCGAGACGAAGAGCACGGUAGAUAAUGCUGCAGGUGGUGUUUUUCUAGACAAAGGAGUUGAUGAUGGUUAUGCCUUUCUUGCAAAUCUAGCUGCAAAUCACUUCAAUAACCCGAGAGCACCUAAGAAAGGGGGUAAACUUGAAGUAGAUGCUUAUUCUCUUUUAUCAUCUCAACUCGCAACAUUGACACAAGAGAUUCACUCGUUGAAAACUUCACAAGCCUCUAAUACUCAACCUAUGAGUAUUAAUGCACUACCUUCUAUGGCUCCUAUGAAUAAUCAGGUUUGUGAAGUAUGUGGUAUUCAAGGACACCUUGGUAAUGAUUGUUUGUACAAUGUUCAGAAUGCACAGAAUUUUCAGAUGGAGCAGGCAAAUGCUUUUCAGCAGAGGCAGCAAUAUAAUCCGUACUCCAACACUUACAAUCCGGGGUGGAGAGAUCAUCUUAAUUUCUCCUACAGGAAUAACAAUGGUCAAAAUCCUCCUCCAAAUCAGCAGCAACAAUAUCAGCAUCCUCAGCAACAACAAUAUAGGCCUUCUCAAGGGCCUAUGAACCCUCCUGGAUUUCAGAAACCUGCUCAACAACAUGCUCAUCCAUCUAGCCCAGCUGCACAACCUGAUCAGACGCAAGAGAUGUUAAAGUUGUUGAUGCAAGAAAUUAAAGACAUGAAAGUUCACAAUAAGAUGAUGGAGACUCAGAUUGCACAAUUAGCCAGCUCUUCAACUACAAGGCAACUUGGUUCUUUACCAUCUCAACCAACUCAUUCAAAGGAGAAUAUAAGUGCUAUUGCUUUGAGGAGUGGUCUCACAUAUGAUGGUCCUCCAAUGCCUGUGGAUGAUGUGAUUGAUGAGAAAGAAAAGGAAAGCUCCAAUGAUGAUAAGGUGAAUGAAGCUGUUGAUUUAACAAACAAGGGUGGAACUGAAGGAAGCAAGAAUGAUGAUACCGAGAAGACUGUUAGUGCUCCUCCACCUUUUGUGCCUAAUCUGCCAUUCCCUAGCAGGAUGAACAAGACAAAGGUAGAUCAACAGUUUGGUAAGUUUAUGAAACUUGUCAAAAAUCUUGAGGUAACAGUUCCUUUCACUGAUUUAAUUUCUCAAGUUCCAUCAUACGCAAAGUUUCUAAAGGAUAUUCUUACAAAGAAACGAUCUUUUGGUGAGGUGGAGACAGUUGCUUUUACUGAAGAAUGUAGUGCUGUUUUACAAAAUAAGUCUCCACCUAAACUUAAAGAUCCUGGAAGUUUUUCAAUUCCAUGUCACUUGGGUGCAUUAUUUAUUGACAAAGCUUUAUGUGACUUAGGCGCUAGCGUCUCUGUUAUGCCUCUCUCCAUUUUUCAAAAACUAAACAUGGGAGAUCUUAAAUGCACACAAAUGACAUUACAAAUGGCAGACCGUUCUAUAAAAUAUCCUUUGGGUAUUUUAGAGGAUGUGCCUGUUAGAGUUGGAAAAUUUUACAUUCCUGUAGACUUUGUGGUUUUGGACAUGGAAGAGGAUAGUCAAAUUCCCAUUAUUUUGGGUAGACCAUUUCUCUGUACUGCUGGUGCUGCUAUUGAUGUCAAAAAUGAGACAUUAACUUUGUGUGUAGGGGAUAAUAAGAGUACUUUUACACUAACAUCUGCUCUUAAGUCCCCUAUGCUUGAGAAUACUUGUUGCAGGAUAGAUGUCAUUGAUGCAAUUGUCCAAGAUGAGCUACCACAGGUUUUACUAGAUGAUCCAUUGGAAGCAGUCCUUAUGCUUGAAGCUUACGAAGGAGAAGGACACGCUGAAAUUGAUUCACUGAAAAUGCUCUAG